AUGACGUGCCCGAUGUCGUUACUGUUGGCGUUGACCGUGGCCCUGGCCACGGCGGCCCCGCAGACGCCGGCCUCUUCCGCCGCAUCCGCGUCCGCAGCCGCAGCGGCCGCCACCGCCGCGGCCGCGGAACCGACGUCCGUCGACGACGUCGUUUACGACCAGCGGCAGAACGGCACCGAGAACGUCCGGAUCAGUCUGAGCGAUCUGAAAGUGGUGCUGGCCCCGGCCGACGGUCUGUUCCAGAUCAUGUCCAUGGCCGGCGCGCAGCUGCUCAACUCGGAGCUGGCCAACGCCGCGUCCGAGCACCGACCCACCGCUAUCGAAUGCAACGGGUUCAAGUGCAACAACCGGCACAGGCAGGCCGCCAAAAAGUCAGUGUAAAUAACGACAUUAUAGUAAUUAUUUUAAAAUGAAUACGCAUAAAUAUCAGAUACCGGCUAUGGGCGUACAAGGGCAACGGCAAAACUUCACGACGAUAAUCGUCGUCGGAAAUAAAUCGAAUGUCUUUUGCGACAGUAAAACACAUCAUCAUAUUUAUAAUAUAUUUUUGUUGUAUUAUUGUACAGCCCUAUAUGAAAUGCACGUCACUAUUUAGUUCAAACGGACAAUAAAAAUUCAUAAAAACCGAUACGAAUAUAAUGUAAAAGCACAAAUUCGGUGUCAUUUGAUUUUCGGGAGAGGGUGGGCCCAUUUACGUGACUCAGAGCCGCGGCGAAGUCACAUUAUUAUAGACGUCAACCAAGCCAAUUUGACCGACUGGCUUUAACUCAAAACAUAUUGGAUUUUUUGGGUAUCUAAUGUCCUGGUAUUAUUAUUUUCUGUGUAUUGUGGUAGGUAAUGAAAACAAAUUUUAAAAAAUAGCAGAUUUUGCCCAGUCAGCCAUCCGUCCAUUUUCACCCAUUUUUAGAUGUAGAUAAUAAUAAAGCACUAUGUGUCCAGUAAAUCACAAAAAAAAAACCAAACAUCCUUUGGUGCCGGUUAUAUAAAAACAAUAUGUCCUUGUCCUGCUCGAUUUUAAUCGUUUAUACUGCACGGUUUUCUUCCUCUUCGCCUUUAUUCGAAAGGAAGUUGUCUGUUUUUUUUUUUUUUUUUUUUUUUUUUUUAAUACAUUAUAAUAAAUUUAAUAAAUUAAAAAACAUCCAGUAAACACUUUAUCAUUAUAAACUCAGUAUAUAUAUAUUGCUUUAUUUUUGUUUCUAUACGUGAUAGUUAAUUUAUAUUUGUCUAUUCUAAAAACUUAAUAUAAUAACACGGUAUAGGUACGUAGUACAAAUUGUUUUCCGUUCGUGUCGUUGAAAUCCGCUAUUAUCUAGGUAUAUAUUAUUGAUUCGUAUUCAUAUAUACGGUUAGAUUCUUUCGUUUAAAUUAUUGUUAUCAUAACCGUUUUAGUCGUUCUAACCUAAUGUUAACCGUAUUAUUUAAACACUUGGUGCGUGGAAAAUAAAAUUGAUUCUCAUACCAACAAUUAUUUUCAGGAACCGUUUCAAACUGUCCAGUCUUAUAGGACCGUUAUUGCAGAAUAGCCAAGCCGAAAACCAGAAAAUCGCCGAAACCGAAAGCAGCAGUAACAACAAUAAUAAUUAA